AUGAACUAUAACCAAUUGCACCACAUCGCGGUGGCGGCCCCUUCCAACUUGCGUAUCAGUGGGCUGGAAGCCCUACUGCUACUGUGCCAAGAGAUGUCGCCGAUGGUUGCACGCCACACGGCACGCAUGUACGCUAUCAUUGAUUGCCUUACGGACAAGAAACAGGAGGUCAGAGACGGGGUGUUGGCAGUCUUCCUGCAGUUGGCGAUCAUUACAACCCCCAAGACCGUUACCGAGAGACUGCAGCCUGCUUUCGCGCACAAGGCGUGGACAAUUAAUCAGCAAGCGCUGGUCAUCACAAAAGAGCUGCUGAAAGUAUACAAAGCUCAGCUCAUCGAUAGUGUAUUAAUCAACCACGUGUUCAAGCUGUUGAGCGCCGCCAAACCAGAUGUGCGCGAGGAAGCUACCAGCACACUAGCGUGUAUGUACGAGCUAUUGGAUCACAACAACCGACCGAAGUUCCGAAGUGGUAUUGAGCGCCGCAGACAACCCGGCCACUCCUUAGAUACCGUCUGGGCUGCGCUUAACAACGUCGACAAGUGUUCAGCUCCUCCGCCCGAGACGUUCCCAACACCUCCGAGUAAUUCCCAGCCAGUCGCCACCAGGCCAAUGGCGGCCGUACCCACACCUAAAAGGGAACCGUCGAAAAACAAGACCACCAAGUCCAAAUACACCCUCAUCGACGAGCACGAGUUCUCGGACUUCUCCAGCUGCGAGCCCUUGCGUUGGGCUGUGACUUCAGACAUGCUGGAAGGCACCAUUACACGGUUGGAGAAGUUCUCGGUUGAAGACUGGGACAAAAGGCGAGAUGAGUUGCGGACGAUGCGAACGUACCUCAACAGUGACGUCACAGCCCUGCCAGACUACAUGUCACAGGCCAAGCGCAUCAUCCCGUUCAUCGGGGACAACAUGGCCCUGGACUUGAGGUCUCAGGUGUCCAAGGAAGCGUGUGUGACUCUGUGUCAUCUGGCCCAAACUAUGGGACCGCACUUCAAGGUAUUUGUCCCGGAAGUCAUCAGCGUGCUCAUGCGGCUCCUGCAUCGCAACCAGUUUUUUAUACAGUGCUCGGAUUGUACAAUGAAACGGAUUCUCACCGCAUGCGCCAAUCCCGCGCUGAUCUCCAAGGUGUUUGUGCCAAUCAUACGCGACAAGUUCGAUCUGAUCCGUUCGAAAACGGCCGAGUUGAUGCCGUCCAAGUUCAAAGAAAUGUUACAGCGUGAACGGAUCAAGCACGGAUUGGGGUUAGAAGACGCCAACACCUGCAUCAGCCGCAAGGAUAUCAGUCGCACAGACAUGACAACACGCACACAAACAUCUGUCCACAGCCCUUACGCUGCCAGAGGAGUGCAGGCACAGGCACAGGCACACACACAAGCACACACAAGCACACAUGCACAGCCAGCUAUGAUGGCUGCGAAUGAAGCAACCCCGGUGCGUAUGAAGUCCUCCGUGUCCACACGCCCUGCCAGUGCUAUGCGAAUCGGUCGACCGGGCCAAGCCCCCACUAACAGGAGCACUGGCGCUGUAGCUGGUACGGCUGGUAAAGGAUCCCGAAGUUCGGCCGCUCUUUUUGGCGCGCGAAGUAACGGACACAGCGCAUUUACGAAUAAAGCCUCACAUCCAAUGAGAUCCACGACGGCAGCUCAGCUAAAGAAUACGGCACAGUCGCACACCGCUGGAAGCAUGGCACGCGCACGCAGUGCAUAUUCGCACUCGGCCAUUUCCAAGGUCAGGCCUGGUAACCAUGGCAACGGGAGCAGUAGGGCGAAUGAACCAGCAGGCGAGGUUUACAGUGACAAGCCGCAGACGAUUACGAGCGAGCAUCUGGGCAGGACUGCGUCACUCAAAACCAAAGGGCGGACAGUGACGAAGCAACUGAGUCACCAGUUGUCACUGCCUGUGCGCGGACGGCAAACAAACGUACCACCACGUAUCCAAGAACAUAGGAUCAAUACUGGCAAUGUAGACAAGGCUCGCGGCAAUCGUGAACAUAUUAUGCAGGGUAAUAAAUAA